CAGCCAAAAUAUCUCCUGUAUUCCCACAGUACAUAGCUUAUGACAUUGUUGUCUUCUGUAGAAAGAAAAUACAAUUGACAUGUGGUUUAUUUGGUGCCUUGAUGCAUCGAUUAUGAUGUGGUUUUUAUGAGCCAUUGUUCAGCCAACACAUUUUAUGACGCAGCCAACAUUUUUAAGCAACUAUGCAGUUUUUUCCAAAGUUAAAUGACGAUUUGGACAUAUAAAAAACAAUAGCUGUUAAAAUUAAAUGUGUUUUUUUUCCUCCAGGAUUUUUAUUGUCUCUAUUUUAUGUUUCUGUCUUUUUUUUUUUGAGAGUUGCACAAGUUUUUGUUGCUCCACCAAAAAAACAGCUCCAUUUGAUCCUGCUUUAAGUGGCCUUAUUGAUCCCUCAGCACUGAUGUGUCCGCCUGCACUUGAAGGCCGCAGCAGGUGUUUCCUAUAUGACUUAAUGAGCGGAGAUGGUGGGGCUUUUGUUGGUAGGACGAUAUGCGCACCUGAGAGUGAAGCGUUUCUACUUCUGUUUGUUUAUCGAAGAAUCGACUGUAACUUUUCCCGCUGCUCAUCCGAGGCUUGCUGAUGUUCAUCGGGUUUCUUUCCUCUGCGGCGUUUUAUUUCUGACAGGUUAAACAAACACGAGAGAGAAAAUGGACGAUGGAAGCAAGCAACCACACACAUUUGGCGGACAACAGAGAACUCAACAUCCCAGACCUUUUUUCUACGUCCAGCCACCGUCUCAGCCUUACUACCUCUACCAGCACUGGCAGAUGAACAACCCAUACAGUCAGUAUGGGUUGCCUGGAGGUUUUAACUUUGGCCGUCCCUGCAUGAACCCCUACCAGUACAUGCAGUACCCCGGGUUUGUUUUCCCACACGCCCCGAUAUACCCAAUGGACCACAGGCGAAUGUUUGAACCUCGGUUCCACGCUCCUCCUCCCUGGGGUGACAUGCCCCGCCAGCAGUAUCACCCGCAGCCUCACGGCCGACGAGAGAUGGCCUGUUCAGAGGCUCAGACCGACCCCAGCGACGCCAUAACCAAGCUCAUCGAGUGCCUGGAUAAGAUUCGAGGUGGUGAGCUGCAGGGAGCCGAGAGAGAACUGGACUCUGGUGUUGCCUCACAGUCCUCGGGGAUGUUUUCUCCAGGAGAAGAUAAGAAAAGAGAGGAGCAGGGUCAUGUCCUGCCCUCGGCGCCUGACAGCAGCCGUUUGGAGUCUCCGGCUGUGACCUUCAGUGACUCCACGACGGCGGUGUACGACGGCGAGUCCAGCCAAAGGAGCUUAGAUGGCCUGAGCCCUCAGGAAUGCUGGUCAGGAGGACUGGAAGAGGAGUUGCCUCUCGACAGCUCCUCUGUUCACGAAGAGUGCUCUGAGCUUGAGCAGCCUGCAGCAGAUGAACGCUUCCUCGCUCUUGAGAAAGCGGAGGUCACGGAUAUCCAGUCAGAUACCUCAGUGACCGAUCCAAGUGUUCUCAAAUGCGAUGCCGAAGAGCUCCAGAAGCAGAGAGCGGAUUCAAUCCUGCCUUCAACACCAUCAGUGCCAUCUUCCUUUACCCCCUGCCAGCCAUCGCUCAGAGACGCCAAAAGUGGCGAAAAAGUCUCAAAACCAGAACAUCAGAAAGCCGAUCAAAACUACCAGAUCCUCAAGCUGCCCUUUGAGAGCGUUCUGACACCUGGAGAUGCUGCAGUCGGCCACCUCUCCUCCCCAGCUGCCCCCUACUUCUACAACUACCCCGUCAUGCACACCACCCAUGAGAGGAUGAGCGUGCUCAGUCCGUCUCUGGACGAGCUUUCCUCCAGAGACGAGAUGUUCUCCACAGACCUGGAUGAUGCGGAUCUCUUCCCCAAACGUGUGUAUACAGGCAGGAGGCUUGCAGAAGUCGUAGGCGGGUCUCCGCAGGCUGCUGAAGAAGCAGAACCGGUAUGGCCGCCAGGUUCAAAGAGGUACAUGUGCGCCUGCUGUGGGAAAAGCCUGGCGAAAGGGGUGAGCAGGAGCAAAGUCCACAGCUCCAAGAUGUACAGGGAUGAAGCCGGAGACUCCGAGGAGGAAAGCCGAUAUGGAAGAGGGUGUGAGCAGCCCGUCAGAGUGGUUGUGAGGAAGCAUACUGCGCCCAGGAAGCCCCAUUCUGCCCCACUGAGACAUGCUGCAAAACCUUGGUAUAAAAGAGGCCAGUACAAAGAUCCCGUAGAGCCGCUCAACCAGGAGGAAGGUCAUGAUCUUUGUCAGCAGGAGCCAGCCGAUGGCGAGAUUGGAGAGUUAACUAGUAGUGAGCUGCAGUGCAGAACAUGCCAGGACAGACUCUGCAGAGAAGGUCUGACCACGUCCGACCAGGGCAGGUGGGGCGACGGUGACGCAAUUCCCAGGAGGAGACAAGCAACCCCUCUGCAACGACAAGAGAUGAGCACUCAGAGGAAAGUGAUGUACCACAGGCCAAGAGACGAGGACAAUGAUGACGAUGAGCCGCCGCCAUUACACUGGGAGAGAGGCUCUACCAUGAGAGGAGAACCAAGAUGUUGAUGCCCCCGGAUUGACUUUCGAACAAAGCGCGUUGAACUGUCCCCCCCAAAGGUGUAUUUGUUCGUAAUGUAAUUAAUAUUUAGAGCACCAGGUGAAAUGCACUGCACAGAAAGCCUCUUUAUGUUAGAUAAAAGUAAAAAAAAAAAAAUGGUAAAAGAAAUGUAUAAAGUUUCUGCAGUGACACUGCCAUGCACUAUUCAUGAUUUAUGAAUUUCACAAACAGGCAAAUGGGCUGAAAAGGUUGUGUUGCAGAUGAUGGUGUGUCACUGUUUGGGGUCAGUCCAAUAAAAUAUUGUCAUUAUUUAAA